CCCCACCCUCGCACACAGUAGUUUGUUGGAGUCAACAAUACCAGUGUGCUUCAAUUCCUCUCUCUCACACACACAAACAUACACACUCACUACUGCGUGAUUGUGUGUUCUUCCGAUUUCUUCAAAUUUAGACUAAGUUCUUGAUGAAUUUUGAGUAUAAGUAAUCUAAUCCAGUUCAAUCAACACAUAUACGUUGCAUUUGAGCGUGUCAAAUAAAAUGUUGCUGAAGUUCUAGAUGCUUGUUCAUCUGUUUCACGUCAAUUUCAAGUGAGCGAGUUCCGUUUUUCUCCUAAAUUAACAUCUCCUGUUUCUAUAUCGUCCGAACUUCGUAAGGAAAAUGCUGAUGGAUUUUCUCUGAAGAAUGUUCUCGACGCAUUGGUUGGGGAAUUAGAAUUGCUUUAAUAGUUUGAACCUCUAAUGACGACUCGGAGCUCAACGUUCAAACAUAAGAUCUUCAGAAGCAUUGUGCGUCUUAAUGUUUAGAGGAAAGACACUCGACAUGGAUCACCACAAGCUUCAUUUGUGUGAAAAAAUCCUCAUGAAACUCUGCUCCAGUCAACUAUUUUUGCAAGUUUUUGUCAUAGUUUCCCUUCUUCCUCUGGUGUUUGCUGACCUGAACUCAGAUAAACAAGCUCUACAGGCUUUUGCAGCUGCUGUUCCACAUGGUUCAAAGCUCCAAUGGGACAAUUCUACUAACAUCUGCACAUCAUGGGUAGGCAUUACAUGUACACCUGAUGCAACUCGUGUCCUUAUUGUUAGACUUCCUGCAGUUGGACUUACAGGCCCCAUACCAUCCAACACUCUUGGAGAGCUUGAUGCCUUGAGAGUUCUCAGCCUUCGAUCGAAUUUCUUGAAUGGAAGUUUACCAUCUGAUCUCCUUUCCCUUCCUUCCCUCCGCUCUCUUUUCCUUCAACAUAACAACUUCACUGGUAACAUUCCAGACUUUCUUCCUCGCCGACUUCAUAUCCUUGAUCUAUCAUACAAUUUCUUUACUGGAAGCAUUCCAGCAACUAUCCAGUUUCUCUCACGCCUUACCGGAUUAUUCCUCCAAAACAACUCCCUCUCUGGUCCAAUCCCAAAUGUCACAUUCCCAAAACUCAAACACUUCAACAUAAGCAACAAUCAUCUCAACGGUUCUAUCCCUUCAUCCUUCAAAGCUUUACCAAGUGCAUCGUUUCUGGGAAACCCUUUCUUGUGUGGUGUACCUCUCAAGUCGUGUUUACACCAUCCUCCUUCCUCAAGGAAAUUCAAAUUCCCAUUAUGGGCUAUUAUAGCGAUUGCAGCAGGAGGAGGCGUUACAGUUUUGGUUUUAGUUAUUGUCUUUGUCCUCUGCUGCUGUCUUAAGAAAGAAAGUGGUGAUAUACGUAGGAUUGAGAGAGGGAAGUCUUUCACUAACAGAAAUGGUCAGAAGCCCAGUGAGGAAUUUGGUAGUGGGGUGCUAGAUACUGAUAACAACAAGCUGGUUUUCUUUCAAGGCUCUUCUUAUAACUUUGAUCUUGAAGACUUGUUGCGUGCCUCUGCUGAGGUGCUCGGGAAGGGUAGUUUCGGAACAGCUUAUAAAGCGGUCUUGGAGGAGUCAACCACUGUGGUUGUGAAAAGGUUGAAAGAAGUAGCAGCAGUCAAGAAAGACUUUGAACAGCAAAUGGAGAUAAUAGAGAGAGUUAGUCAUCACCAUAAUGUUGUCCCUGUUCGUGCUUACUUUUACUCAAAGGAUGAGAAGCUUCUCGUGUAUGACUAUUUCUCUGGAGGUAGCUUAAUGUCCCUCUUACAUGGAAACAGUGGUUCUGGGAGAAUACCACUAGACUGGGAAACUAGAAUCAAGAUCGCCCUUGGAACUGCAAGAGGCGUUUCUCAUAUCCAUUCUUUUGGAGGCCCAAAGUUCAGCCAUGGAAACAUAAAGUCUUCAAAUGUUCUUAUCAACCACGAAAUGGAUGGUGUGAUUUCUGAUAUGGGGUUAGUCCCACUCAUGAACUUCCAUCCUGCACCACCAUCAUCCCAUGCUGCUGGAUACCGAGCUCCAGAAGUUGUUGAAACCCGAAAACACUCUCACAAAUCAGACGUAUACAGCUUCGGGAUCCUCCUGCUUGAAAUGUUAACCGGGAAACAGCCAGUUCAAUCUCCAGGGAGAGGAGAGAUGGUGGAUCUGCCUAGGUGGGUUCAGUCAGUGGUGAGGGAAGAAUGGACAGCUGAGGUUUUUGAUAUCCAGCUCAUGAGAUUUCAUAACAUUGAAGAGGAGAUGAUGCAGAUGUUGCAGAUUGGUUUGGCUUGUGUUGUCAAGUCACCUGAUAGUCGACCCACCAUCCAUGAAGUUGUGAGAAUGCUGGAGCAGAUCCAGUUAUACAACUUUGAAAACCGGCCUCCCUCCGAAUAAAUCAACCAAAUCCAGAGAUUCAGAUGUGCAGAGUGCAGACUUCAUCAUUUCAGCUUUACACAGGUUAGUACGUAUAAACUAGUUACUGAAGAAACUUAGGAAGAAAAACAAAACAUAUAUUUCAUUCUCUAAUACUUAGAUACUUACCCUAUGCCUAUCAGAUUUGUUUGUGUACACGCAUGGACUUGAUUGAAUAAGUUGCUUGCUUGCAUUUACAUCUGCUUAAAACAGUG